CCAGCUGGGGAGCUGCAGUGCUGGGAGGAACGGGUGGUUGAUAAAAACGCCCGUGUUCCAGGAGGCCCGAAGGUCCGCCUGCUCUGUGAGGGGACUGAUUGCAUGUCCGAGCAGACAGGGGAGGUGGCAGUGGCAGCCAAGCUGCUAGGUCCCGAGGAACGGGGCCUCUGUGGAGGUCGAGCACCACGAUCUGCGAUGCCUGUCUCCACUCUCUCUGUCAACUCUUGCCUGCAGGGCGGCCCUGCUGACUGGACGUGUCCAGAUGCGCUCUGGGGUUUACCCUGGUGUGUUCAAUCCAGACUCACGGGGAGGCCUGCCGCUGUCUGAGGUCACCAUCGCAGAGGUGCUGAAGGCUGAGGGCUAUGCCACAGCCAUGGUUGGCAAGUGGCACCUUGGCCUAGGGAUUAAUGGCUCCUUCCUGCCCAUCCACCAGGGCUUUGACCACUUCUUGGGGGUGCCCUACUCCCAUGACCAGGGCCCCUGCCAGAAUCUCACCUGCUUCCCGCCUGACAUCAAGUGUUUUGGGACUUGUGACCAAGGCGUAGUGCCAGUCCCGCUGCUCUGGAACCAGAGCAUCGUCCCCUUCCUGCUCUACUAUGCCUCCCACCAUACGCACUACCCCCAAUUUGCAAGCCAGGAGUAUGCAGGGCAGUCACGGCGUGGGCCGUUUGGUGAUGCACUCCUGGAGUUUGAUGGCUCGGUGGGACAGCUGCUGCAAGCACUGCAGGAAAAUGGCCUUGCAAACACAACCUUGGUGUUUUUCACCUCUGACAAUGGCCCUUCCACCAUGCGGAUGGCACGUGGAGGCAGUUCUGGCCUUCUGAAGUGUGGGAAGGGCACAACAUAUGAAGGUGGCAUGCGGGAACCAGCAGUGGCUUAUUGGCCAGGACGUAUCACUCCAGGAGUGACGCAUGAGCUGGCAAGCACCCUGGACAUCCUGCCAACCCUGACUACCCUGGCUAGAGCAGCUCUUCCCAAAGUUGCCCUGGAUGGCUAUGACCUGAGUCCAGUGCUGUUUGGGUCAGGGAAGAGUCCCCGUCAGACGAUGUUCUUUUACCCGCCAUCCCCUGAUCCACUGCACGGCCCCUUCGCUGUCAGGCUUGGGAAGUACAAGGCCCAUUACUUCACACAAGGUUCCUUUCACAGUGAUACGACCCCAGACGAGGCCUGCCACGGGCUGACCCCGCUGACCCCCCACUUGCCCCCACUGCUCUUUGAUCUGGAAUCAGACCCAGCCGAGAACUAUGAUCUGCUGCAGGGCGGUGCAGGGCCAGAGGUUCUGCAAGUCCUGAAGGAGAUCCAACUGCAGAAAGUGCUUUUUGAACAACGCAUGGAGUUUGGGGAAAGCCAGAUUAGGAAAGGGAGGGAUCCUGCCCUGCAGCCCUGCUGCGUACCAAACUGCACUCCUAAGCCUUCCUGCUGCCGCUGCUCCUAGCCUCUUGCUGCUCUAUCCCCUGCAGUUGCUCCACACUGGAACUUUAUCCCAAACCCACCAGACCCCCUUGCGCCCAACUAACCAAGCUCAGCCUUAGAGCUACCCUGCAGCUUUGGCUCAGUGACACCUCUGACUAACGGAGUGCUGGGGUAGCAAACUGUGGGUUGGGGAGGUUACCAGCCCUGUUAGGAGUGCAGGUCAGUGGACCCUGUGCUCUGUGGAUGUUCAAGCUGAGGCCUCUUGAGAGAAACCCUGACUUGUUCAGGGAGGGGCCAUGAUACAGCAUCAUCUCCAGUGCCAGAAGAGCUCCUUUCAAACCAUGAUCAAGAUGAAGCAAAGGGCAUGCCCCAGUGUCCAGAGAUCCCAGCUCAUCUGGAGGCAUGCUGUGCACCCCUGGGUGGGAAUAGAGCUGGGAGUUGCGGCACCAUCACUUGCCAGGGGCCAAGAGGAGGAUGGGAUGAAUGGUCCUGGCAGCUUCAGAGGCAGGACCUUGUGCAGCUGGUGCAGAGAGGACAUGCCUAGGUGGGAAGCAGCUCAAGCACCUGCAAGUCUUUCAUGACUCCAGAAGUGGACAUGUGGCCAGUAGCUGGCACUCCUUGUCCUCUUGUAAGGUCUGUGGAUGCUGGGGCUGAUCAAUCAGGUGGGCUGCAACCAUAUGCCAUCCACAUGGCUGGAAAGAUCUCUCCUCUUGCUUGCGAGCUAGCCCAGCUUCCCAUUCGCAAGUAGUGAACACGCACACAGCGCUCCCACCAGUAGCCGGCCCAGGACACUCGGGGGUUGCCGACUGCUGGGUCCCCACGACCUGUGUUCCCUUCUGCCAUUGCUAGCAGCCAGGCCUCUGGACCCGCCCCCCACCAGGUACAGAGUAGGGCCACACAGGAAAGGAUUUGGAAUCUCUCUCAUGAAGAAGGCAGGACGGAUCGUGGUGACUAGGUGCAGGGCUCAGGCGAACAAACAAACUGACCACCAGUCUGCUUGUGUGUGACCGGCUCCUCCGUCCCCCCUUCUCUCCAUUUUCCAGGCUUGUACAUCCCCCUCAUCUUCCUCUACUCCUCCCU